AUGGACCGGAGUUUAGAGGAGGCUUGGAAGCGGGCAGAUGAUAUUAUUGUGAGUGCUCAGCAGCAACCUCCUCCACUGAGACCCACAUCUUGUGGGGAAAAAUCUCUUCAGGAAAAACUGUAUGACAUUUAUGUGGAGGAGUGUGAAAAGGAGCCAGAAGCAGAGGGCCUUCGAAGCAAUGUCAACUUGCUAGAAAAGCUUAUGAAGAGAGAGCCAUUGCCAUGUUUAGUGGUCAGCCUGUACCCACAAAACCGGGGCUAUUCUCUCAUGCUCAAGGAUAAAGAUGGAGUCCUUACAGAGCCCUAUUCGGGGCCGUAUGUAGGACAGAAACUGCUUGAAUAUUUGGAUGCUGAAGAGUUACCUUCUUUUCUGAUUGAUAUCCUGGAAAAGUCUCCUGUGAAUGUUUUUCACAGUGGCUGUGUCAUAGCAGAAAUCCGAGACUACAGGGAGUGCGGUGACAUCUACCCUCCCGAGGAGCCUGCUGCAGAGGCUGCGGUGUCCUAUCCUGCUUGCCAAGCCCGGCAUAUUCUCUUACGUCCAACGAUGCAGUCUCUAGUAAGCGAUGUCGAGUCCAUGACAAGUGACAGCAGUCAGUGGACCCAGGAAGAAAAACUGGAGCUUGAGAGCCAACUGAUCUUAGCUACAGCAGAGCCACUAUGUCUGGAUCCUUCUGUCGCUGUCACCUGCACGGCCAACAAAUUGCUGUUUAAUGAGAAGAAGAUAAUGAUAGACUCUAUGAAAAAAUCCUUCAUGGGUCAUGAGUGGUCCUGUCUAGACCCGGAGGAAGAAAAGCAUGCACGUACAUCUCUUCCUGAUGUUGCAACAAUGAUCGCUUGCAGAAAACGAGCAGAGAUCAAACCAGGUGACCCAUACGAUCUGAAGAUCCCUGAAGCAGGAAAGUGUGUAGAUACAUGGAAGCAGAAACCCUGUGAACUGGUCGCUCCUUCAGAGGUGGAUGUGCAGAAAUACGCUAAAGGGAAGCAUGUGCCCCAUGGCGAUGACUCAGAAUCCACAGCCUGGCCAGAUCCUGAGGUAACAUGUGGUUAUUUAUUUGAUUAUGAAAAGGGCUGUCAUCCAUGGGAAACAGAGCCAAGUGUGAUGCAGUCCCUUAGUGGCCCAUUUUUUUCUUCUGAAAUAGGGUCACCGACAGAGGGCAGAUGUGAUAGUCAGAUGUUUCUUCCUCAAGUUGCCCUAAGUGGUUGUUUACUUGGUUCUAUAGCUGGGGGAAAGAUUGAGUCUGGGAAGGCAACGGAUGUGUGCCAAGGGUCUGCCCAGAGCCAGGCUGAAUGCCUAAGCAAAGAGCUGCAGGGAUCCACUGACUCCAUCUGUCUUGGCCAGCCCUCCCAAGGGAUGAAGGCCAAUUCCCCAUCAGUGACAUCCCCAGUCUUAGAGACAAGAGUGAAGAGCCCAGCUCCCCUGUUCACACUACCCUCCACCUCAGAUAAGGGCUCUUCAGCACCCAAUUCUCCCUCAAUAGCAGUCAGAGGUAGGAAGCUUCCAAGACUUGCUCCUCCUCUCCAAUCAGCUAGUCUUCCUCAGCAAACUUUGUGGGGAAUGAGCAGUAUCAAUACCCUUGCUGCAGCUGUCCAGCCCUCUGCCAGCUCAUCAGAAAGCCAUCCAGUCACCCAGAGCCCCAGCAGUGGCACUGCCCAAAAUGUUACCAAUUUGUUUAGCAUAGCACAGGGAUCCCCUGGUUUGAAGAGAGGUUCACCCCAGGUGCAGAGCUUCCCUACUAGUGCCCCAGCAUUUACAGAAACCUCUUCCAGAGACGUUCUGUCUCCUAUAGGUCAGAUGCCCAGUACCCAGACCAGCACACCACAGGGCUCUGUGCAAUUAAUUCUAAAAAGUACUUCAGGUCCCAUAGCUGUCAGGCUUCCAACUGGCACUGUCAUUUUUCGCCCAGAGUCACAAACACAGCAGCCACAGCAACCACACCAACAGCCACAGUCAUGGCUGUAUGCACAGCCAGAGCUGCAGCAGUCCCAGCAGCAGCAGCUGCAGCAGCCCCAGCAGCCCCUGCAGGUCCAGCAGCCCCUGCAGCUCCAGCAGCCCCAGCCCCGACAGCCCUGGCAGCCCUGGCGGCCCUGGCAGCCCCAGCAGCCCUGGCAGCCCUGGCGGCCCUGGCUGCCCCAGCAGCCACGGCAGCCCAGGCAGUCCCAGAAGCCCUGGCAGCCCUGGCAGCCCUGGCAGCCCUGGCAGCCCCAGCAGCCACGGCAGUCCCAGCCUUUGUAUGUGUUCAUUCCAAAACAGCAUCAACCACCUAGGGCUCCUAUCCCUCCAGAGCCAGCACCACAAACUUACCAGGGCAGCCAGGGAGCUAGCGUUCAGCAAUGGGCAGUGCCAACUCAGCAAACUGGUCUCUUUAACUUUGCUGAGGCCAGGAGGGUUUGCCAACCUCAGACAGGUGUGGUGUGCCAGGUGGGUUCUAGCCAAAGUCCUGGGCAGAUCCUUCCUUCACAAAGUUUCCAGCAUCCUACUGCCCAGGUACAGCAGCUAUGGGCUUGGGGCCAGAAUGUGCAGCUGAGAUUCCUGCCGCAUACAGUGUCUGUGCCCAGAGCAGCCACUCAGCCUAGUGAUCAGGGCCACACAGGUGGCCAGUACAGACAUACAGAGAGUGGAGGUCCACCAACCACCCCAAAGUCUUAA